AUGAAAGAAAUUAAAUCGUCCAAAACAUCUACAACAUCGAAGGGUGAUGAAAAGGAUGAUAAAUGCUGCGAUGAUCCCAAGGGCGACAUUGUACCAUCUAGUAUGGGUAACAAUAAAUGGUUCGUUGAUUUGCUUGGUGAUGAUUUCGUCAAGCUCGUUGAGCUUUUUAUCAGCUAUCUGGAGGUCCUUGAGAUCAAUAUUGCAAUCAUCAAUCUUCUCAACAAGAAUCGUCAACCAGUACCAUGUCGUGCCCUCAUCGAUACUGGAUCCACAAGAAACUUCAUUACUCAGGAAUUGGCUGCUGAGCUUGGCAUCACCAAGGUAACUUGCUCUAUCCCCAUCGGAGCUCUGGAUCAACUCUCAACAAUCGUACGCCACAGAAUCAACACCACAAUCACCUCUCGUUUGAACAAGUUCAAAAAAGAAUUGAGUUUCUUAAUAGUCCCAAGAAUCUCAUCUCUCAUACCCAGUGAGCAAAUUGAUAGAGAUUCACUGAAGAUUCCCAAGAAUUUGCCCCUCGCAGAUCUGAACUUCCACAAGCCUGCUCCAAUCCAGGUUUUGUUGGGAUCCAGUACCUCCAUCUCUGUUCUCAGCAUAGGACAAAUCAAGCUCCCCAACGCUGCCGACGUUCAUCUUCAGAAAACGCUAUUCGGCUGGAUUGUCUGUGGCAGUAUGAGUAACGAGUCCGACCACGAUCAAGCAAAAUGUCAUUUCACCAAAAUAAUUGAUGAGUUCAAAAGAUUUUGGGAAAUCGAGGACAUUGGGUUCAGGGAGAGCCCACAAUCAGAAGAAGAAGCAGCCUGCCAGCUUCAUUUCAAGCAGCACGUGUCACGCAAUUCCGAAGGUCGGUAUGUAGUGGCACUUCCCUUCAACGAGAAAAAGGCUCAACUCGGCACCUCAUUCCUCCAGGCGAAACGUCGCCUUCUCUCACUAGAACGAAAAUUCCAAUGGAACCCCAAGCUAGCAGAAGAGUAUACCAAGGUCAUCAACGAGUACAUUGACCUUGGCCACAUGAAGAAGGUUGACACAGAGGUAGAAGAUGGCUUCUACCUUCCCCACCAUGCCGUCAUCAAGGAGACCAGCCUCACCACCAAGACUAGAGUUGUCUUCGACGGAUCAGCUCGCUCCAGUACUGGUGUAUCUCUCAAUGACGCCCUGAUGGUUGGUCCAACUAUUCAGGACGAUAUUCUAUCUCUAGUGCUACGAUUCAGGCUCCACAAUUACAUACUCACUGGUGACAUCGAGAAGAUGUAUCGCCAGGUUCUUGUGAGACCCGAAGACACGAAAUAUCAAUGUAUUCUCUGGCGAGAGAAAGAUAAGAUCAACACAUACGAGUUGCAGACAGUGACGUUUGGACUCUCCUCUGCUCCAUUCUUAGCAGUCAGAUGCAUACACCAGUUGGCUGAUGAUGAACACGAAAGGUACCCAGUAGCAGCUGAACGACUAAAACGAGACCUCUAUAUCGAUGAUCUUCUCACUGGGGCAGCUACACUUGAAGAAGCCCUGCACCUCAGAGAUGACAUCAUGAACCUGCUCAAAGAAGGCGGCUUCAACCUACGACAGUGUGCCUCCAACUCCCCAGACAUUCUCCAAGGUCUACCAGAGUCAACCGUCAAUCUUCAAUUACUCGGUGGGGAUGAUCCUACCCUCAAAACCCUAGGAAUCCAUUAG